UGAAAUGCAAAUAAUUUGGCUCGGUGAUAAAAUAAAAAAUGAUAUAUAUUCAUAACAAUCUUUAAGUCUUAAAGUCGUCUCAAUUGAAAAACUGAAGGCUGUAACUCUAAAGCUACUUUACGUAUCUUAUAAGAGAGCCACAUGAGAGAACAACUGUAAAUAAGUGCUAAUAAAACGAACAAAAACCAUACCAAAAAACCUCACAUAACUCCCUCUCUAUUAUUGUGUCCGUUGGUAAGAAAAGCGAUCUGCAAAGAUUGAUCGAUAGGUGGUCUGCUACUGAUGACAUAUUCUGCUAUUCAAUCAAACACACGUUGUCGCAUUCCCUUCUUUUUUAGAACUUUUUUGCCGGCCUUAAACAAGAUACUCAGUUUUUUUGUUUGUUUGUUUGUCUUUUUCAGGGUUAUCAUUUCCACUUCCCACCCGUCUUAUGUUUAUCAGUUGAUCUGUUUUCAUUUCUCAAGCACUGUUUCCGGUUUAUAGAUGACUCAAAUCUCGACCCCUAAAUUACAACCAAAUUCCUCGACACAAUACAGGGGUGCUUACAUUACGUAUUAUUCCGCUUUGCUAUCUGUUGGUGACCGUGCGCAUUUUUUUGGUCAAAAGUUCCUCCCAGACAGCUAUAUCAGACUUGGAGCUCCGCUUUCAAGACAUUAAUUACCUCAACAUCAAAUUCCCUGCGGAAAUUCGCGGAAAGAUUUCUAUUCCUGGCGGCCUGGAUUUCUGCCUCUUCAAACAAUCAAGCCAAAUUCACAGUCAUCGGAGUUUCGUUUUGAUCCAAAAUGGCGAAAACCUACGUGGUUUUCGUUGUGCUCCUGUUGUGUGAUUUGUCGUCAGCUGCACGCAAGCCAAAGAAUAAUGUUCUAAGCGGUACAGGAUCGUCAAGUAGACCCAACAUAGUUUUUAUUCUCGCAGAUGACUUAGAUAGGGAACUAGGAUCACCAGAUGUCAUGACGAAAACGCAGAAAAUUUUGCAACGAGAAGGUGCUGACUUUGUGAACGCGUUCGUCACAACUCCGAUGUGUUGUCCUUCCCGCGCGAGCAUCUUGACAGGUUCCUACGCUCAUAACCACCACACGUUCACCAAUAAUUUGAAUUGCUCCUCUCCAGCGUGGAGGAAAGGACCGGAGAGAAAAAGUUACGCAAGGUACCUGGAAUUAUCAGGAUAUGUAACGGGUUAUUUUGGCAAGUAUCUGAACGAAUAUGACGGGAGUUGGGUUCCAGUGGGCUGGAACAGAUGGGAAGGAUUGCUACACAACUCCAAGUUCUACAACUACACUCUGAGACACAAUACGUAUAAAGAGCGGCACAAGAUGAGUUAUAAAGAAGAUUACUUCACUGAUCUUAUCACUAACCGCAGCAUAUCAUUUAUACGGCGAACCAAACAAGCCAAGCCUGACAGUCCGUUUCUCGCUGUCGUGAGUCAUUCGGCUCCUCAUGGCCCUGAGACUGCUGCUCCUCAGUAUAGCAACGCAUUUCCCAAUGCGCGUGCUCCGAGGUAUGACAACUGGAAUUUUAUUUCGAUGGACAAACAGUGGAUCUUAAGGGAGACGCCCCCGAUGGACGCACAAAAGAUAGAAUUUGUAGAUCUGUUACACCGCCGCCGCCUUCAAACUCUGCUUUCGGUUGAUGACUCCAUCGAGCGAAUCUUCCGCACACUACAGUCUCUAGGAAUUGAAAACGAAACGUACAUCUUCUUCACUUCAGAUCAUGGGUAUCAUCUGGGACAGUUCGGUUUGGUUAAAGGAAAGUCCAUGCCAUUUGAGAGCGACAUCAGAGUACCUUUUUAUGUUAGAGGUCCCAUCAUACCCAAAAAUAUCAGUAUGAAAGACAUGGUUUUAAACAUUGACUUGGCACCCACAUUUUUGGAUAUCGCCGGCGUGAAAAUUCCUAAAGACAUGGACGGUGUUUCUAUUAUGAAACUUUUCAGAAAAACAAGAUAUGGAAGGAGAGCAAAAAGAAGGACUCAUGUUACCUGGAGGGACACUAUUCUUAUUGAAAGGUCUCGAGGCUGGAGGAGAACAAAGAACAUGUUAGAAGGAAUGUCAAGAAAUAAGACAAUAACAGCCAAAGAUAGCAAGUUGACUGUAUUAGAGAGAAUCUGCUCCAAGGCCAAGUACCAGUCACCAUGUCAACCCAACCAGUUGUGGGAAUGCGUGACACUGGAUCGCAGACCGAGACUGAGAAAGUGCAGAAGAAAUGCCACUGCUCCAACCAACCUGCCCACCGCAUACACUUCUACUAUCACCCCUGUGAAAAUGUGCGUUUGCAUGAAGCCAAGACCGGGCACUGAGGUGAAUGUGAAUCAAGGCGACAUGCUUCCCUAUGAGGAUGAAUUAAUUGUGAGUGGCAUGGAUUAUCUAACAAGAGAACUAAAACGACGCUCAAAAAGGUCUCCCUACUCCAGCUUCAGUACAAGGAAGAGAGGAAGCGAAUUUAGCGCCAGAAGAUACGAGAAAGAAUUGGCUAGGGCGCUUAGACUUCAAAAUCGACGCUCCAAAUCAAAAGCCCUAAUUAGAACUCCUGACACGAACGUGAGACCGGAAUCAAACUCAAGUGUGGGUUUUAUAUACGGGACUUCCGGAGUACAAGCCGUUGAGGAAAGACUUGGAAAACUGAAAGAGAAAAUUCAGGGCAUGAAACUGCGCCUGGGAGCUUUGCGUGACCUGAGGAAGAAACUACGUCAGAUCAGCUCGCGUGAUCGGUUAAUAGAGUACCCUUGUCCAUGUGACCAUGGCAACAGUACCAUACCUGAGAAGGCUAUCACGGAAAACAGUGGGAAUGGCCCCCAUGACAAAGGCCAAGGUGAUGGAAGGGAAGAACAAUAUGACGAUGAGUCGCAGACAUCCCCACUUAGAAGACGAAGUAAACAGAUAAAGGCGACAUCUCGUAAGGCAGAGACCAAGAAAAGGAAGGUCAGGCCGAGACGAAGUAAAUGUGCAAGUCCCGGCGUGAACUGUUUUUACCAAACAAAUGAUCACUGGCGACUGCCCCCUCUGUGGACAGGGGGAGAAUUUUGUUUCUGUCCCAACGCUGCCAAUAACUCUUACUGGUGCCUUCGGACAAUAAAUGCUAGUCACAACUUCCUCUACUGCGAGUUUAUAACACAUUUUUACGAGUACUUUGACCUCAGCAAAGACCGAUACCAGCUGUACAACAUAAUUGAUGAGGUGAGCCCUGCCGUUUUGUCAGAGCUCCAUCAACAGCUCAGCAAAAUGAGAGAUUGCAAGGGAGAGCACUGCACGCAUUACCAUGGCAAGAAGUACCCUCAACAUGCCACUUCACCAACACUACCAACCUCGCAAACAUCUCACGCACGUGAACCUGUCAAUAAAACCAAAGAGAGUCUUGCUGUGAUACGUUCACCAACACUGCCAUCACAUGUGAAAACAUCUUCAAAAAGUUCAGCUAGGCCUUUGACGUCUGAAAGGUAUUAUCGCUCGGAAGUUGUCGUGAAUACAUCAAACGCUGCCAACCAUACUUCGGUAAUGACAGAAUCUGUGGAGGGUUUACCGUUUACUACUACUGUGCCAACGAAGGCAAAAGUAAAAAUAUUAGAACAGUCAACGAUUCAGUCGACAUUGGCGUCCAAAGGGCGAAAAGUGCUGACUUCUGUCGAGAACAGAGUAAGAGAAGAAGUAGAAACGUAUGUCGGGAAAAAAAAACAGACAUUUUCCGCUGAGGAAAGUUCGCCGUUACCAACACAAAACACAAACAGGACAAUUGUGUCGUUGAACAAAAUGUCACAGUCACAGAAAAACGUUUCAAGCCAUUUCGGUGACAACAAGAAGUCUAACCGAGAACAGAUAAAUGUGGAGAAACAAUUACAACAUACAGUAGCACCUGUGGCGAGUUCUGGUAACUCUCCCACGACAAUCAUCGGUAAAUCUUCGGAACCCGACACGAGUUUGUUGGAGACGAACGUUUCUUCAAUUCUCCCUACGUCGGCUUCAACCAGCCUUACAAGUAAAGAGUACACAAGCGGAAUGAAUUUAACUGGAAAACCAUCCAGAGAAAAAUCACCUAAGCGACGAAAGAAUAGGGAACGUGUAGACAGAAAGAGAGAAAAAGAAACUCAUGUGGAUAAACAAAAGCAAAAAAUCUUGAAAAAGUCAAGGAAAUCAAAAAAGAAAUCUGGCAAGGAAAGUUCGCCGUUGCCAAAAGAAAACACAAAGAAGUUUGAAGUUUCUAAAAGCCUUGACAGAACAUCAGAAUCACGGAAAAACAUUUCAAACCACUUCAGCGAAAAUUUCAAAAACGAGCGGUCUGACAAAGAGCAGAUGACUGUAGAGAAACCAUCACAAGCUGUGACUGGUUCGCAGGAUGUUGCGACGACUGCUCUCGUGAAGUCUUCGGAACCUGACGCGAGGUCUUCAGAGACAAAAGAUUCAUCAGCUCUGCCCACGUCAUCUUGUACGACCCUUACACAUGAACAGCAUACAAACGAAAUGAAUCUAAAGGAGAUAUUUACAUUGAAACCGACAGGAAAAAAAUCUGCGAAGCGACGAAAAAACGGAGGACGAGAACAUAAUUCUUCUGAAAUGGAAACUGCUAAAACCUCCAAGAAACUAAGAAAAGCAAAGAAAAAGACAUUGGAAAAACAAAGCCCGUAUUUAAACAAUGGUUCAUUGGACGGAAACAAACAGGUCAUUAAGACUGCUGAAAACCAAACACAGGUCGAGUCAAAAUUGGAAGGUGAAAGAUCAGAGUUGGAAAACAACGGUAACAAAGAACAGAAUGAGCUAUUACCAGGCAUUUCACGGAAACGAAGCAAAAAGCCAUCAAGUAAACGAUCUGCUAAUAGAAAUUCCAAGAAAAGAUCUAAACAAAGACCGCCAAAGCGUCAAAGACCAUCUCAAAUCAGCGAGGGAGGGGUGGCUAAGAGUGGAAUUGAACCACCUGUCGAAAAUGGAGUCGGUGUUCAAGAAGAACCUUCCCCGUCCGCACUGUGACAAAUAUCUGACACAUUUGGACUAAGAUUUAAGUGAAGAUUUUCACAAAAACGUACCUUUGGACGGCAAGGAAAUUCUCUGUUAUCCAUUUAAGGAUUAUGGCAGGUUAUUUUUUUAAUGAACGACAUGCUAGGGUCGACAGCGUCUGGCCGAAAAUGAGAAUUUUAUUGCAACUUGGUGUGUUUAAUGCAAGAGAUAAGAAAACUCUUGUGCUACCUUCAGUGACCAUUAAGUUUUAGAUUUCAUGUUAAGUAGGUUUGUUUAACAUUUUUUCUCCAUUAAGAGUUUUUAAUCUCGUGUAAGUUUUACGCUAAACGUAACACAGAUAACAGUCGAGGGGAAAUACCAUUCUGCCAAAUGUCUGAAGAAGUUCUUCAAACGUUUCCACCCACCCCUCCCCUAAAUUGGAUCUCUCUGACCAUGAAAUUGCAAACGUGGGCUCCCUUCAUGUGCUCAGUUGCUUCCUCGAUUGUUUUAAACAAGCUAAUUUGACAAUGGCAUGCCAACGGCAUGUUUGCAAAUCUAACAAAUCCACAAUUUUUUCUUUUGCUUAGAAUAUUUUUCAGUCCAGUGUGUAGACUUAGGUUUUCAAAACAUGAUUCGCCGGACAUUUUAGACAACCAUCAUCGGACUUUCUGGUUUAGGUUACACAAUGUCACUGAGUUUAACUACAUGUGCGUAUACUUGCUAGAGUUGUAUGACUAUAGUCGGAUCAUGAACGGCAUAUCACGUUUUGAUUGAGAACACUAGUCUACACCUACACUGAAAUCAGCUGUACCAGGUUUAAUAGGAGGUGCGAUGGAAAGGUUAUGAACGAACCGACGACGAAAACGUAAAUCACUAAUUGAAGGAUGAACAGGGGAAAGAUACUGCCUGCUUGCAGUCAUGUUUACAGAACUUUUCAGGCCACAAAAAGCGCGCCAAACGAGAAGCAACAACGAACAAACCAUGUAUUGGCUUACAAGGUACCGUUCUGUCUGAAUAAGAUCAUUUAGUUACAGAAGGGCGCAUGAAAUAGUCAUUCUUUGCUACUUUCCCUCCGUUCCCCUUAAUUUAUCGUCAAAGUGAGGAGCUAUGUAGGUUUGGUAACUCCUUGCUUUCAAAAUGUCGUAGAAGCGCUUAGAUUACUGCCUGAGAGAUGUUUCAAACCUUUUACUCAUUUUAUUGAAAAAUUUAAAGACUUCUGGUAGAUUAGAUGGUAUUUUCCUUUGGAAAUCUAUCCGUCCAUUAUCCAUAAUUGUUAUAAAGCUGUGCUAUUUGUAGAAUUGUCGUUGGGUUGCAGUUAAUUUCAAUCAGUUCUUACUACAAUCAAAGGUGGUACGUUAGCACAAAUUAGCUAUUUAUGUCUGUUUUAUACCGGUGUGUACAACAAGAAGAUUAUCAAGUUGAUGAUUCUUUCAGAUGUUGCUGUCAAGUUUAAAGGAAAAAAGUCUUCGAAAGAUAAUUUCUUUAUUUACGAAAGCAAAUUUGUUAUGCUACUUGUUUCACUGAAAACAAAUAGAAGCUUGCUAAAAAUUAUAGUUUUCUAGGUUAAAUUGUUGGAAAUUUUUUUAUACAUAGUUCUAAGUUAUUUCAGAGGUUUGUAUGGUGCUAGUGUGAAUAAAAUCAGCAAAAACAAAGUCGAGUUUA